UCCAGCAGCUAAUGAAGCUCUUUGAAAAGUCAAAAUGCAGCAGGUACUAGUACAGUGAACCAGACCGCUGCUGCAGGUGUCCUCACAGAUAAAAUCUGGGCAGCACAAAAGCCUUUUUGGGUGAAGAUUUGGGGAAAACAGACAUUAGUCUCUUACCAUGGGGGAUUGGAAUUUAUUGGGUGGCAUCCUAGAGGAAGUUCACUCCCACUCAACUGUAGUGGGGAAAAUCUGGCUGACCAUACUCUUCAUUUUCCGAAUGCUGGUACUUGGUGUGGCUGCUGAAGAUGUCUGGGAUGAUGAACAGUCAGCAUUUGCCUGCAACACCCAGCAGCGUUGCAACAACAUCUGUUACGACGAUGCUUUCCCUAUCUCUUUGAUCAGGUUCUGGGUUUUACAGAUCAUCUUUGUGUCUUCUCCUUCUCUGGUGUAUAUGGGCCAUGCACUUUAUAGACUCAGGGCCUUCGAAAAGGAGAGGCAGAAGAAAAAGUCACACCUCCGAGUCCAGAUGGGGAAUCCCGAGCUUGAAUUGGAGGAGCAACAAAGGAUAGAUAGAGAGCUGAAGAGGUUAGAGGAGCAGAAGAGAAUUCAUAAAGUCCCUCUAAAAGGAUGUCUGUUGCGUACUUAUGUCUUACACAUCUUGACAAGAUCUGUGAUGGAAGUAGGGUUCAUGAUAGGCCAAUAUAUUCUCUAUGGGUUUCAAAUGCACCCGCUUUACAAAUGCACUCAACCUCCUUGUCCUAAUGCAGUGGAUUGCUUUGUAUCCAGGCCCACAGAGAAGACAAUUUUCAUGCUCUUUAUGUACAGCAUUGCAGCCAUCUGUUUGUUCCUCAAUGUACUGGAAAUAUUUCAUCUGGGAAUCAGGAAAAUCAUGAAGGCACUUUAUGAGAAAUCCAGCAAUGAGGGCACUGAGGAUGAAAGCAGCACCCCAUUCCAUUUGAAAAAAUAUUCAUUGGCCCAGGAGUGUAUGAUUUGCUCUCCCUUGCCUAAAAGAAUCCCUCUACUUCAAGCAAACAAUCAACAGCAAGUCAUUUGAGUCAAUGUGCCGAAGUCUAAAACCAUGUGGCAAAGCUCACAGCCCAUGCAACUUGAAGUAGACUCGUGCUGUGUUAAAGAAGAGUGGGCUGAGAAGGAUCAGCACAGUGGACAGCUCCAUGCCCACAGCCCAUGUCUCUGGGUAGCCGGUACUCAAAGUCAGCACCCCGGACAGCAACUGGACUGUUCCUCCGGCCUACACAAUGCAAAGUCUCAGUCCUGCCUAGAUACAGAGAUAGCUCCUAGACACUGCCCAUCCUAUGCAAUAGGAACCUGGGGGCAGUCCCAGGAUCGAUGGCUCUCAGGAGAGGCUCUCACAGAUUUACACAGUAAAUGUAGAGACAGCGAUGGCAGUGUGAGAAAGAGUGGGGUCUGGACAGACAGAUCUUACCUGGGCAGUCACAAGGCCAGCUUUCUGUCCAGAUUACUGUCUGAAAAGGGACACUUGUACAGUGACUCAGGAAGCUCCAGUUCUCGGAACAGCUCUUGCUUGGACCUUCUGCACCGGGAAAAUAGCCCCUCGCUUCUGCCUUCAGCCACUGGAUACAGAACAUCAAUGGUAAGUAAAGAUGGACAGCCUCUGAACAUAGGACUAUUGCAAGACGUUUUCCACUCUAGCUACUUCUUAGCUUUCGCUGUCCAGCUACGGUGUGUAUAUGUGUGUGUUAAGAGAGAGGGAGAGAAGGUGAGGGAGGUUAAUUUAUGGAGAGUUAAAUCCUGUCAUUCAAUACAUUCAGUUAAAUUCAAUUCAUGAAAUAAACUUACUGAAAACUUACUUUAUAUUAUUCAGUCUUAGUAAGUGCUGGGUUUAUAAGUGGAUAAAAUACUGUCUCUGCUAUCAAUGGGCUCGGAGUCUAGAUGGGAAAGUUAGUAAGCAUACAAAUGUGAUCAAGUGUAAGGUGCCCUGUUAGAAGGGGCGGAUGGGCAAAGGAGGGAGUGGUCAAUUCUUUAUGGAUGGGUCAGGAAAAGCUUCGUAGUAGCAGUUACUUUUGAAUUGAGCCUUAAAAGGUGUGGUGAUUUUCUCCAGAUCUGGGAGGACUGGGGUACAUGAAAGAAGGCCAUCCUAGUAUAGGGAGCAGCACAGACAAAGGCUGAGAGCUGUGACACAGCAGGGCUGUCUGGGGAGCUAUGUGUGGCUGGGGCACUGGCAGGUAGGAAGGCUAUGGAGAGGGAAAGCUGGAGAAGGGGCCAUGGAGGUCUUGUGGGAAGGCAAUGGAGCACCCAUAGAGGGUGUGCAGCGAAGUGAUGGGAUCAGAGUUACAUUUUAGAAAGCUCUGUCACAGUGUGGAAAAUGGAUCAGAAGAGGGAUCGUUUGUAACCUUGGGUUGCCCUUGUCUCAUUAAGGAAGGAGGGUGUGCUCCAUUGUUUUAAUAGCUCUGGCAUUUAAAAGUCAUAUACAAAGAUUUGGUGAUAUAUUUCACAAAGACUAAAAUCAAUAUUGUAUUGAUUUUAAUUCUGUUUUCUGAAAAGCCAGUGUGGAAUAAACAUUUCCUUCUCAAUUCUGGAAAAAAAAAUGACACUUGCUUUAUCCACCACUCCUAACAGCUUUUUUCCAUUAAAAAGAAACAACUCCAGGUUUGGUGGGGGAACUUCCUAGUUGAGCUCACUUGGUUGAGCUCACACACUUGCUUUCUCCUGUUAAUGAUAAUGAUUAAAUCUAUGAUUAUUGAAUCCCUACCCCAGUUUCAUAUCUCCUGUGAGCUUAGAGAUAUUUUGUUACUGCACUAAACCAUAUCUUGAGGAGGAAUCAUCCUACCUAGAUUUUUCCUAUAAUACUUCUUUCAAACUGAUACUCGUUUCUUGUCAGUGACGUCAUCUACCCAGGAGACUAUGUUUAGGAUCAGAGUGUGGCUACUUGGAACCCACACCAAACUACAGCAGGGUUCUCAACCCUGGCUACUAGUUAGAGUCAUCUGGGGGCUUUAAAAAAUCUUCAUGCCCAGGACCCAUCCAAUUCCAAUUAAACCAAAUCUUUGAGGGUGGAAUGCACAUCAGGAUAUUUAAGUAAAUUCUACCCAUAAAGUGGGGCUUGGACUUAUAAUUCCAGGAUCAGGAGUCAUAUGCUGUACUGAUUGAGCCAGCUAGGUGCCCCUAGGAUUAGUAUUUUAUUUUAUUUUAUUUUUAGAUUUAUUUGAGAGAGAGGGAGACCAGGGUUGGGAGGAGCAGAGGGAGCGGAAGAGAGAGAAUCUCCAGCAGGCUCCCCACUGAGAGCAAGUAGCCUGAUGUUGGGCUUGAUCCCACAACCCUGAGAUCAUGAGAUCCCGACCUGAGCUGAAACCGAGUUGGCUGCCCAACCGACUGAGCCACGCAGGCGUCCCUGGGAUUAGUAUUUUUUAAACUCCCAUGGUGAUUGCAAUGUGCAGCCAGGGUUGAGAAUCACUAUUUUAGAGUAACCUUGCCAGGGGUUACUGCUUCUUAUCUCCAUUUGUGAAGUCAGCAAGACAGUUUUAGUCAUUUUCCCUUUCUUAUACCUCUUCCCAUGUGAGAGGAGUCUUCGUAUUGGCAGAGAGUUGAGGGGGAGACGGUAGUGUUUAGUUAAGGCAGAUUUUUUUUUAAUCUUUCAGAUUAUCUUUUGGGGGAGGCCAGCCAUUCCUACAAGCCUGAAGAAAAGAUGAUGAAGAUGACAGGCCCCUUUCUUUUUUCUUCUUCCUCUUUCUUCCCUGUUUUUUAUGUUUCUAGGAAUUACAAAUAAUGUCUUCGGCCACAGAGAUUUCCUACUUACGGUCACUUUCCCACCAAACCCCUUACAGGGUUGACAGGCCACUUCACUCCCCAGAUGGUAGGAAGACUUGAUUGAGGCCACAGCUAUCAACCCCAGAGCUCUGUGGCUGAGACAUGAUGCUUCUUGCCUACAGAGGAAUCUGUAAUUAGAAAUCAGUGCAGCAAACAGGAUUAUAAUCAUCCACUGUCAAUAUAUGGACUGUAAACUGCUUUUUACACUGUAUUGGGUCCUGGGUGACAGAAUUUUUCAGGCUCAGUAAGAUGCAUUCUGACUUCAGCAGUUGAUGUUUCAGAGUGAAAUAACUUCUGGUAGGACCACAGUUGCUUUGCCGCUCAUGAUGUGUCCCUUUGAGGGAACUGUCCUGCAAAAGAAAUGCAUUCUAUUUUGGAAGGUCAUAGAAGGCACCAGAAGGAGCCAUGAUUUUAUGCUGAGACAUUUCCCUUGCUGUCACCCAAACCCCACAAUUUGUUCAAGUCCAAACUCACUGAUCGCUAAAUAGGCUUCUAUCAAGGUUGGUUCUUUGAAGACUAAGCUGGGCAUAGAAAGCAGACUUUCAUUCUGGCCAAGUAAGCCUGGGGAGGAGGGCUGGCUGAGUUUAGCAACCCGCACUACCCUCUGUAAGGGAGAACUGUCCCCAUUGCUGAAUGCAGAGAUGCUGUGGAGCAGUAAUUCUUGUGCCCAGUUCCACAUGAAAUCACUAGGGAGGCUUUGAAAACUGCCCCAGGAAAAAUCUCUGCAGAUGGAGCCUUGACACGAGUACUUUUUAAAGCUCCCAGAUGAUUCCAGUGUACAGCCAGAGUUCAGAACCAUGGCUGUAGAGAAGGGAGAUUUUGACAUUAGGAAUAAGAUUGCCCUGUGAAUUCUUCCAAUCUUUUGGGACAUUAACGUGAUGUAGCUUCAAAAGGUGAGGACACUUACACUUAGUCCCACUGCCUGGGAUGUACCACCCACCCUAAGACCUUGGCAUGACCGAUGGGGCCCGCUGUGCCAAGGCCCUACAGAGUUCUCUUGGGCCACGAUCAAGUCGGGGAGAGAUAAGGACGAGGUUGAAAUAGGCAGGAGCUGAUAUUAGGGCUUUAUAGGCCAUGGAAAGGAAUUUGGGCUGGAUGGCACAGGGAUGGUGGUGAGCUGAGAAUAUGUUUCAAGAAAAACCCCACGUUCUGGAGAGUCUAUUAUAGGGCUACUCUGGUCUGAAUGUUUGCAUCCCCUCAAAAUUCAUAUGUUGAGACUUAAUCCCCAAUGUGAUGGUGCUUGGAGGUGGGGUCUUUGGGAGGUGAUUAGGUCAUGAAGGUGGAACCCUCAUGAAUAGGAAUAGUGCCCUUAUACAAGGGGCUACAGAAAGUUCCCUAUCCUAUCUACUAUGUGAGGACACAGCAAAAAGACAGCUAUCUAUGAACAGGAAAUGGGUUUUCACCAGACAGGGAAUCUGUCAGCACCUUUAUCUUGGGCUUCUCAGACUCUAGAGCUGUGGGAAAUAAGUUUCUAUUCUUUAUAAUCCACCCAGUCUACCUGAAUGGACUAAGACAAGGGGUAAGAGUACAGUCAGGGAGGCCAGCUAGGAGGCUUACACAGUGGCCCAGGGGAGAGAGGCAUGUGGCUCAGACCAGGGGACCAUUGUUAAUGGUUUGCAUGGAAGAACAGUCUUUUUCUUGUUUUUCAAAUUAAAGUAAUACAUGCUCAUUGAAAGAAAUUCAAGCAAUAUAAAAGAACAUAGAGAAUAAAAUGUGAACCUGACCAUGUGAGGAUUCAUCUCUUUUUGUUCUCAUCUGGAUUCACUUCCCACUUCACUCCCCGAAGACAACCGCUAACAGCUUAGGGUGUGUUCCCCCUACCUUCCUCAGGGCAUUUGUCAUCUGUCUUUGAGGACAAAUGUAUGUCCACCCAUAUAUGGUGGUUUUUAAAAAUACAAAUGUGAUCAUGUAGAGAUGUAGAGAUGUCUUUGCAAUUUGCUUUUGCUCAUUUCAUAUGUCACAGGGGUCUUCCCAUGUCAGUACCUGUGGAACGGCCUCAGUUUUACAUUAAUUCAUGCUUUUGUAUGGUAUGGAUGAGCCAUAAGAUACUUGAUGGCCAGUUAGCCAUUCUAACCUUUUUCUACUGCACGCAAUGUUGCAGUGGAUGUUUCAUACAUAUAUCUUUAACAGGUAUCUAGAAGUGGAAUUAUUGGUUCUAAUGGACAUGCACAUAUUACAUUUUGACAGAUGCUGAAAAUUUUUGUUCAGGAAGGACUACACCAAUUUGUUCUCUUUUUAAAAAGAUUUUAUUUAUUUGAAAGAGAGGCAGAGAGAAAGCGCACGAGUGAGGGGGAGGGGCAGAGGGAGAAGCGGGCUCCCCACUGAGUAGGGAGCCUGACUCCACUCAGGGCUCGAUCCCAGGACCCUGGGAUCAUGACCUUAGCCGAAGGCAGAUGCUUAACCGACUGAGCCACUUAGGCGCCCUUACACCAAUUUAUUCUCUUAUCAGCACAUUAGCACCUCUUUCCCCACACUCUUAUUCAUACCAGCCAUUAUCUUUUUUCCUUCCAAUCUGAUGAAAAGUGUUUUCCUUUGUUUUUUUCUUCCAUAUUUUAUUUUAGAGAGAGCACAAGUGGGAGGGGCAGAGGGAGAGGGAGAGAGACUCUUAAGCAGACUGCGCUCAGCACGGAGCCCGAGGUGGGCCUCGAUCUCACGACCCCGAGAUCAUGAUCUGAGCCGAAACCAAGAGUUGGAUGCCUGACUAUACCACCCAGGCGCCCCGUGUUUCCCUUUGUUUUAAUUUACAUCUGUGAUUACUAGUGAGGUUGUUCAUAUGUUUACUGGUCAUCUGUAUUUCCACCAUGAAUGAUCCUUGUCUGUCUUUUCUGUUGGGAUAUUUGUCUUUCUUCUGAUUUCUAGGAGCUCUUAUAUGGUAUUAUAUUAACUCCUUGUUUGUAUGUGUGUGUGUGUGUGUGUGUGUGUAUAUACAUAUAUAUAUAUAUAUACACACACACACGCAUGGAAAGAUUUUUCUCCCAGUCUGCUUGUCUCUUAUCCCUGUUUACAGCAUCUUUGAAUUUUUACUAUUAUAUUAAAUCUAAAAUCUAUUACUUCUAGGUUCUUUGUCUCAUUUGAGGUCUUUUUUUUGACUUCACAUUAAGAAGUGUUAUUAGAUGGGUAUUUUGAGGAUGGAUUGUACUAAUUUAUUGAGCCCUUUGGUUGAGCAGUUUUACAUAACAUAACAAUUACCAAAGAAUCUGAAGAAGAGGAGGAAAGAUACUCACUUCAUUAAGGGCCUGAUGGAGGUCUAGACACUUCAUGGGCUUCCUCCCUGUAGCCCUGUAAUUAUCUGUUUUAUGGAUAAAGAAAUAGGUGACUUGUCCGAAGUCAUACAGUUAGGAUGUGGUGAAGCACAGUUCUUGGGACAUAGCAGGGGCAUAAAUUAAUAUUUAUUGGAUGAGUGAAUGAGCUGGAAUUUUAUUCCAAGCCUGUCCGACUCGACCCAAGCUCCUUCUAUACCUCAUUACUGCUUCUUGCUCUCUCUGCAUAAGGCAGCCUAAGUUUAGCAGAUUUUUAGGGUCAAGGAUAGAUUAUUACAAAAUGGAAUAUUCCACAUUUGGAUCCCUUUUCCCUUCCACAUUAUACAAAGCCAAAAAUCUGGCUAAUUGUAGAAAGAGCAAAAAUGGAGCUUCGGAAGAAGUUGGCUUAGUUUUAGACCUGGAUUUUGGACAAAAACAAUACGUGGAGAAGGAUAAGAAGAUGACAGGUGGGAUUCAGAUCUUUCAGGGAACAGAAUCUCUUCUGUGGUCAUCCUUCUCUGGGUCAACCUCGGGAGAAUUGUCUUCAGCAGGUUUUGAUUGGAGCCCUGGUAUUUGUGACAUACACAGAGUCCCAGGUGGGUGGGCAGGGCUGACUCUU